AUGAAAGCAACUACAUUCCUUAAAUUUGGCGGAGUUUUAGUGCUGCUGCUAUUGGGGCAUUGCCAUGCCCAUGGAUUCGGGGGUGGCAAAAAAAUUGGAUAUGCUCCUGCUUAUCCUAGCUAUGUUCCCUAUCCGGUAGUCCAACCAGUGCCUGUAGUCCAACCAGUGCCUGUAGUUCAACCAGUUCCAUUUCCUGUGGGCGUGCCUCAACCUGUUCCCGUACCAGUUCCCAUCAAACAUGGCUGGAAGAGUGGACUGGGCUUUGGUGGCUUUGGAGGCGGAGGCUUUGCUGGCUAUGGCGGUGGCUACGAGAGCUAUUCAUCCUCUUAUAGCGGUGGCUCUUAUGGCGGCUAUGCUGGUGGUUUCGGCGGCGGUUUGGGAGGUUUCGGAGGCGGCUUGUGGAAGAGACGUUAA